GUCGAUCUUGUUUACGCUGCUUAGCUCCGUGUUAUUUAUUACAUACGUAACACGCGCAUGUAUCUGAUAUUUUUCUUCGUCCAUCAUCGUCUUUAAAAUUUGUACUAUCUCGCACAAGUAAUAUUAUAUUUAUCUUUUUCGUAUCUAUACAAAUUAAAUAUGGAUUCGAAGAGGAUGGUUCUGUCAAAAAGUAUAUUGGACAUGAAGUUCAUGAAACGGACGAAGGACAAAGUGGAGAAACAGCAGCUUCAAGAGGAAGGAGAGGAGUACUUCGGCAACAGACUCACAUCACGUAUGAAAGAAGCAUCUGGGAAAUUUUUUAUGGAACCGAGCUAUAUUUUCUGUGAGGAACUUGUCAAUGGUAGAUUAAGUUUUCAAGGGAUGAAUCCGAUGAUAGAGAAGAUAAUGGAAGCAAGAGAAAAUGCAAAACGAGCCCAAACAGAAACGAAGGAAGAAGUUGACGUGUCGGAUGAGCAAAUGACUGUUCAAUGGCAAAAAAUGCGAACAAAGUUUGAUGUUAUGCAAAGAAAACCACAAUACAAAACCAACAGAAAAUUGCAGCAUAGCAAGACGGACUACAAUGACGAACCAAUGGGGAAGAAACCAAAAUUUCUGAAACCAGCAGAAUGAAUCUGCAAUCUGGUAAAUAAUUAUAUUAAUUGUAUAGGUAUUAUAAUAAUUACGUAUACUAAUAAAAUGUUUUGUACAAUGACAAGAGUAAAAGUUGAUACAUUAGCAUGUAUAAAUUUGACAUCAUAAACUAUUUAUGAUAUCACUUUGAAGUUUUAUAUAAUAUUGGAGUUGACACACUAGCACGCAUAAAUUUGACAUCAUAAACUAAUUAUAUCAUUUUGAAUUUUUUUAUAAUAUUGAAGUUGAUAUAUUAGCAUGCACAAGCUUUAUAUUUUUAUAAUAAUAUUAUCUUAAUAUUAUAUAAAAAUAUAUCAAUAUAAAAAAAUAUUAAUAUUGUAUCAUAAUUAGUUAAUGAUGUCACUUUAAAUUUUUAUAUAAUGUUGUUAUAAGAAAAUCGCGUGAAAUGUUACUUGUUUGUCAUGUUUGGAAUAUACGAUUUAUACACAUA